GAAAUAUGAGACCGAGACCGAGACCGAGAGAGGCUUCUGACCGGAGAUGGAGUUCUUGGACGAAGAGAGCAGGCCGAGGUUCCUCUUCCAAUCUCGUUCAACCCCUUCUUCACUCCCCAAUACUCAAACUGACCAAAAACCCAGUAAGCCAUUCCUCUUCGCUACAAUUUCCUUUUCUUCCAUUCUCCUCCUCGUCUCAGUUCUUUUCCUCCAAUCCGAACCCUACAAAUCUUUCCUCUUCUGGUUCUCCCUCUCCCUCUUCCUCGGUCCCUUCGCCCCCGUUUCGCUCACGGGCGGUGACGUCCGCGUCGGUGAAGGUCCGAUCCUCGAGCUGUCCCCCAAUCAAGAAACUGAAACUUUGGAGGAAAGCAACAAGAGGGUACCCCAAAGGAGACAGAAACCACGUAGAAAUGAAGAAUUCGGCGUUAAUUCGGUGGCGAGUGUCGAAAACUUUGGUGAGUUUGCGAGGGAAGAGAACGAGGGUGGCAAAACUGGAGGGACUGAAGGUGGUUUCCGUGUGGAGGAAGAGAAGGAGUGGACUGAGGAGGAGAUUGGUGUAUUGAGGAAGCAAUUGAUUAAGCAUCCGGUGGGGAAGCCGGGGCGGUGGGAAGCAAUAGCGGCGGCGUUCAGGGGGAGGCAUAAGGUGGAGAGUGUGAUAAAGAUGGGGAAAGAUCUGGGGGAGAGGAAAACGGAUGAUGGGGAUUCGUAUGCACAGUUUUUGAAGAAGAGGAAGCCGGUUGAUAAGCGAGCCGAGGGCGAGAAUGGAGUGCUGGAUAGCGGGCUGUUGGAGAAUUGUGAUGCUAAUAAAGAGAGUGGUGGUGGGGAAGCUGGAGUGGGGUGGAGUGCCGGUGAAGAUAUUGCAUUGCUUAGUGCAUUGAAGGCUUUUCCAAAAGAUGUGGCAAUGAGGUGGGAGAAGAUUGCGGCUGCUGUUCCCGGGAAGUCGAAGGCGGCUUGUAUGAAGAGAGUUGCUGAGAUAAAGAGGGAUUUCCGGAGUGCGAAGGCUACUGCCUAAGAAUUAAAUGAAGAGUCUCUGGGGUUUAUGUGGAUUUUGUGAUAAAGUUUUGCUGGGCUUAUACGAGUGACAAGGACCUACAAUGCAAAAUGAUGCUUAGAUGGCCCUAUCUUUCAGAUCAAGCCCCAAACUUCAUUGAUAUUGUCAUUUCUUUGAUGUCAUCAGGCUGCAUGGGGAUCUAACUUUUUCAAUCAAGAGGCUAGCGGGUAAGACUGCUUAAAAAAGGGUUAGUUCGCCCAGGGAAUGAGACAUGGACGCCAGAAUAUAAGAAAAUUUUGAUGGUUUUCUUAGAAGGUUUUUGCCUGUAUCAGUUUGAACCAAUGCUUUUUUUAUAUAAAUUUAAAGAGGAGGAAAUAUUUGAUAUACCCAAGUGUAUAAAACAAACUGCGGAAGGAACGAAAUAUAAAAUGUAUGCUUACCUUCAAGCCUUGGCCUCACCAAACAGGAAGAAAAGUCAAUAUAGAAAGCAACACCACCCACCCACUCCUUCGUUUCUUUGAAUUGCUUGGAAGGUAUUUGGAGGGGGAGGAAUGUUAGGACUUUCAAUGAAAUUGAAGUAUCAUUUUGUAGAUGGAAGUCACUAAGCGAGACCUAUUUUCAGUUGGAUGGGAUGAUUAGGGGUUUUGCUUCUGUCUUUAUUGACUUUUUUAGAUCUUUUGUUUCUCAUUUCUUUACUUAUCAAAUAAAAUUUCUCGUAUCUUUUGGUA